UAUGAAGCGGAUAUUGCUCGCCCUUGACGUAAUAAAAUAUUUCUAGAUCAGAACGAGUUUUCAUAUUGUGUUUUAGCAUUAUUCCAUCGAAAAGACACCUUUGUUAAAUUUAAAAAUCGCCUACCAUUACACAUUACAUACCUACAUUGGGCGUAACUGUACUGACAACGCGACCUUUUUCGACCUUCAGAUUUAGGCGACAAGACAAGGACGGUCGGUUUUGUAUUCCUAGACGCCCAAAUAUCAAACUCGGAUACUCAUACGUAGAUUAUUAUCAUACGUAUAAAUAGCAAGACGAAUCUCUGCCGGUCAUCAGUCUGCCGAGAUCGGUACGAAGUGAUCGUCCUCAAUCGGAUCCCAACACAGACCUCGUUCAAGAUGAAUUCCUUGGUGGUGUUGUUCGCCCUCGUCGCCGCGGCCGUGGCUGCCCCCAGUGCGGAGAAGAGAUCAGUCCUGGCGUACUCCGUGCCGGCGGCCGUGUCCCACACGUCGCGUGUGGACGUGCACUCAUCUCCCGCAGUAGUAACAUCUUACACGCCAGUGGUGUCUGAGCCUGUGGUUGAGGUGGUUGCCCCUGCUGUCUACUCCGGUGCUUCGGCGGUGUCCCACCAGUCCCGCGUGGACGUACACCACUCCCCAGCCGUGGUCGCCAGCUCGCCCGUACUUGCCCAGCACGUGGUCCCCGCUGUGGUGGAGGCUCGCUCCGUGGUCCCUGUGUCCACUGUGUACUCCGGUGGCUCCGCUGUCACCCACCAGUCCCGUGUGGAUGUGCACUCCUCACCCGCUGUGGUCGCUCAUCAAGUCUUAUCUCCUGUUGUCGAAGCUCGCUCCGUCUACGCACCUUCCGUCUACGCUCCCUCUGUUUAUGCUUCAUACUGUAUAUCGUCGAAUCUCUUAACACAGACCACGUUCAAAAUGAAAUCGAUGGUGGUGUUAUUCGCCCUUGCCGCCGUGGCGUGCGGCUCCCUGGUGCCGGCGCAGCCUCCGCACCACCCCGCGGUCGUGCUGGACCCUCACGGCCGCCCUCUGGACACCGCUGAGGUGAUCAACGCCCGCGCCCUGCACCUGCAGGCUAAGGCCCUGGACGGCCACUACGCUCCCCUUGCGCACGCUGCCGUCAUCGCUCCCUACGCCCACUCCGUGGUCGCACCCGCCGUCUACGCUGCCCCCGCCGCCGUGUCCCACCAGUCCCGUGUGGAUGUGCACAGCAGCCCCGCCAUCGUCAGCCACGCCGUCACCGCUCCCGUCGUAGCACACUCCGCCUACGCCGCUCCCCUGCUGGCUCACUCCGCUCUCGGCUAUGCCGGCCACGGACACUACCUGAAGAAGCGCUCCCUGGGCCACCUCGCCUACGCCGCUCCCGUCGUCGCUCACGUAGCUCCCUCCGCCGUGUCGCACCAGUCCCGCGUGGACGUCAUCUCUAGCCCCGCUGUGGUGUCUCACGCCGUCGCUCCCGUCGUGUCCCACUACGCUGCUCCCGUGGUCGCGCCCGCCGUGUACGCCGCGCCCGCCGCUGUGUCCCACCAGUCCCGCGUUGACGUGCGUACCAGCCCCGCCGUCAUCAGCCACGCCGUCGCUGCUCCCCUCUACGCCGCUCACGGAUACUCUGCUUACGGCGCUCACGCUGGACUCGCUCUGUCCCAUGCUCACCUCUUGAAGAAGCGUUCUCUGGCUCACUACGUGUCUCCCGUGGUCCACGCCGUGCCUGCGGCCGUCUCUCACCAGUCCCGCGUUGACGUCAUCUCCAAGCCUGCCGUGGUUGCUACCUACGCUCACGCCGCCCCCGCGGUUUACGCCGCUCCUGCUGUGGCUCACUACGCCCCGGUAGCUCACUCUGCCGUCUGGACCGCCCCUCAUUAUCUGAACGCCGCGCAUUGGUAAAGCGAUUCUGAGAUUCGACGAUAACUUUGUAGUUUUCGUUUUAAUCGAUAAUUUAUUAAAAUGAAUAGACAAAUAAAAAAUUCUAUUUAUAAAUA